UGCUUAUACAAGGUCCGUUCGUGUCUUGAGAGAACUUCGCCUCGCUCUCUGUGUUAAUUCCGAAAAAAAAGUCAUUUUGCGUUCAUAAGUCAAGGAAUAACCGUACAAGUGCCUGUCCUUCAAAUCCAUCUUUUUUCCCCAAAAUUGAAGAAUCUUGGGGUUGCCUCUCGCGUUUUGCGCAAUGAACACAAUGUAACCAUGUCGACCAAAUAACCGCCUCAUAGAUGAAGGAUUAAUUAAGGAACUUUUAACUAAGCAAGGAGAAGGAAAAUAAGAUGGGCAAACUCCAAUCAAAACACGCUUGUAAACGCAGAGAAAAUCCCGAAGGAGGCAGUUUUGUUGUAAACGCGUACAUCUCUCGGAGAGGGGUGGACGAGUGCGAGAGGUAUGGAGCACCGGAGUACAAACUGAAAGACAGACAGGAGUUAGCAACUGGUGAGACGAAGGAUGGACAAUUUGUAGAGCAUCACUGUCCCCUAGAGGUGGUGCUUCCUCCAGAGAAGGCUGAGGGAUGUGAGAACUACACGCAGUUCCUGCACACAGAGGAGGGGGAGCAGGACAUGCUGAAGGAUCCCAGCAGAGCCUCUGGGAAGAAGUGCAUCAGCCUUGAUGAUCUGCAAUGUGAUGUGUCAGUUGAGGAGGACAAUCGUCAGGAGUGGAUCUUCACCCUGUAUGACUUUGACAACAGCGGCAAAGUAACCAAAGAGGAUAUGUCCAGCUUGAUGCAUACCAUCUAUGACGUUGUGGACGCCUCCGUCAAUCACUCCGCCCACAGCAAGAGCAAGACCCUGCGCGUCAAGCUGACGGUCACCCCGGAGCCAGCGGCUCGAAGAAGGGACGCCACCAGCCCUGGAGCAGACUGGGAUCCAGGUCACUGCCGGGCUGAGCCAAGUCACAGUCACCAGGCAGAGGCCUGCUGUGCGGACAAGCGCCUCUCAACCCACAUCAGCUCUAGAAGGCAGAACAACGAGGCUGCAGCGAGUGGUGAAGGAAACCAUUACUGUGUGGAUGAGAACACAGAGAGACGCAAUCACUACCUGGACCUGGCAGGAAUAGAGAACUAUACCUCUAGAUUUGAAGCAGGUGCCCCUCCUCAGCCUCCACCUCAGGAGAGCCAUGGGCGUGGCUCCCACUCACAGAGCCGGUCCCGUUCCCAGGACUCCGAGGGGCACAUGGCCCACCAGCGCCGCUCGCAGGCCCUGGGGGAGAACUGCAUUGCAACCGAGUCCCGUGGGAGGGGCCCCCAGUUCUUCAAAUCCCCCAAGGUGACGUCGUCCAAGGGGGUAGGAGGGACCCCGUCGGGAGGUAACGGAGGGGGAAAGUCCAGCAAGUGUCAUGGGUACUACCCUAUGGUGCAGCCCCUGGCGGGGCUCGGGGGGCAGGACGUGUACCACCUACCCCCGCAGACCCAGCACCAGCCGACACCCAGCCACCACCAGCACCCCCUGCAGCACAGCCACAGCAAGCGUCUUCGUUCCAAGGCCCGGGACGCGCUCUCCCCCUCCAAGGCCCCCUUCCCCCUGCUAACCCAGCAGCAGCAGCCCAUACCCCCUGCCCCCCAGGGGCUAGAGAGAGAGCAACCCCCCAUCCUGCCAGGCAGCCCUGGGUUUGUAGCUCCGGUCGUCCAGCGACACGAGCACCACCAUCAUCAUGAACACCAUCAUCAUCACCACUACCACCAUUACCACCAGACAUGACCGCUCUGCCACCACUGCCGACCAGACAUGACCACACCACUACCACUACCAUCAGACGUGACUGCACAGACAGACGGGCUGACUGACAGACAGACAGAGAUACAGAUAGACAGACAGAUCUGAAGAACCAUACAGUCAUCCCUCCAAUCAUUCCUCCUCUACACUGCUGAUGCAUACAGUAUCACUCAUGGCCAUCGAAAUCUCUGGACAGAAAUUUUGCCACAAACUGGGGUCAUUUCCUCAAAAGCUGUUUUUGUUUCAUAAAUUCUAAUCCCGCUGGAUCAUCUGUUUUUUUUCUACCAAAAAGGGGUGUAGGGUAACCCCUCCACAGUCCUGUUGUGUGUGUGGAUUUCAACAAUUGUACAGUUUUCACAAUCACAUUUUUUUUCAUUUAGUCUAUUGUUUCACUUGUCCCCAGAAAGAACAUGUAUGUAGUGGGUGUCAGUAGGGGGUGUGUAGCUCUGCGUUGAUGAUGGUUCUCAGUGCAUUCUCCCAGCUGUGGAUCUCAGGUGAAAGGUGCUGCUCUUUAGCUUUACUGAAAAGGCUACUUCCCCUCCAAGAAACUUGCCAAGGAUGGAGGAAUUUCCCUUUGUGGAUUUAAAAAAAAUCAC